AAGUAAACACAAAAUUACCUCUUGUUUUAAACUGAAAUCAGGCUGAUACUGACUUGAAGCAGGCGUGGCAGCGGAGGAUGUAGUUUCGAGCCUGUUUGAUCACCAUCCCGUUCACAGAGAGAACAUGGAGCCCAAUCUGAAUCAGCACGUUCUGAGCAAGUCAAGAAAACAAUAGAAGGCUCGGGCGUAUUAGUGUCACGUGACUUUUGUUUAUGGUGGCGGAUGGAAGAUGGCGGCGCGCUGGAGCAGUGAGAAUGUGGUGGUGGAGUUUAGAGACGCACAGGCGACUGCCAUGUCUGUGGACUGUCUGGGGGAACACGCUGUGCUCUCAGGGCGUCGCUUCCUGUACAUGGUGAAUCUGGAGAGUCCUUCAGAAACCCAGAGGAAAAUCGGGCGUCAGAGCAAAUGGGACGUGGGGACUGUCCAGUGGAACCCGCACAAAUCAGAAGCUCAUAUCUUCGCUGCUUCGAGUAACCAACGCGUGGAUCUGUAUUCGUGGAGAGAUGGUUGUGGAGAGGUGCACACAUCUUUACAGGGACACACAAGAGUCAUCAGUGACUUGGACUGGUCCUGGUUUGAACCAGAGCUUUUGGUCACAAGUUCAGUCGACACUUUUAUCUACAUUUGGGACACAAGAGACACUCGGAAACCAACAGUCGCUUUGUCAGCAGUUGCCGGAGCCUCUCAGGUGAAGUGGAAUAGGAAGAAUCAGUAUUAUUUAGCCUCAAGUCACGAUGGAGAUGUUCGGAUCUGGGACAAACGGAAACCAAACACAGCCAUAGAGUAUGUCGCUGCUCAUUUGUCAAAGAUCCACGGCCUCGACUGGCAUCCCGACAAUGAGUUUAUCUUCGCCACAUCCAGCCAAGACAACUCAGUCAGGUUUUGGGAUUACAGACAACCAAGGAAGUACUUGAACAUUUUGUCGUGUCAGGUGCCAGUGUGGAAGGCCAGAUACACACCCUUCUCAAACGGGCUGGUGACAGUGAUGGUGCCGCAGCUGCGCAGGGAGAACAGCCUCCUCUUGUGGAGCACUUUGGAACUGAACAACCCGGUGCACGCAUUUGUGGGACAUGACGACGUGGUGCUGGAGUUUCAAUGGAGGCCACAGAAAGAAGGCUCUAAGGACUAUCAGUUGGUCACAUGGUCCAGAGAUCAGACUUUGAGGAUUUGGAGAGUUGACCCACAGCUUCAGAGGCUGUGUGUGAGCGAUGUGGACGACCUGAUGGAGGACCUGACUCUUGUUCCAGAGAAACCUUUGUCUCCAGAACCAGGAGCUCCUCACAGCUCAGUGCCCCUGUUGGAGAGCACACACGACCCGGACGACCGACUGCCCUCUGCCUCUAAACUGGACUCUGCUGCUGUGGGAGCAGGUCUGCCCCAAACUCUGCAACAGGAGUUCUCUUUGGUCAAUCUACAAAUCAGAAACGUCAAUGUCGAAAUGGACGCUGUGAAUUGCAGUUGUGUGGUCACGGCUCACUUUGGGACUCAUCAGGUUCAUCUGGUCGUGAAGUUUCCAGCUCAGUAUCCGAACAACGCUGCUCCCACUUUUCAGUUUGUCUCACCAACCAAUAUCCCCAACUCCAUGAAGAGCAAAAUAUACAAGACCCUCACAGACACGUCUCUACAGAAAGUGAAGAGGAACCAGAACUGUUUAGAGCCCUGUAUCAGACAGCUGGUCUCCUGCCUCGAGUCUGAUAUGGAGGACGGCACUCCGCCUUUCGUUCCUUCAGCUCUGCAGGUGUUUCCUCGAGUCACAAACACCUACGGCUCCUACCAGGACGCUAACAUCCCGUUCCCUCGUACCUCCGGCGCUCGUUUCUGUGGCACUGGGUGUUUGGUGUAUUUCACUCGGCCAAACACAAUGCACCGCUCUGUCCCGGCCACGGAGCCCACACCCAGGUCUCUGUCUGCACUGUCGGCCUACCACUCCAGUGUCCUGACCCCGAUGAAGAUGCGCUCAGAGUCUCAGAGGCUCUACAGCAGCAGCCCCACGCGCUCAGACAAAGAAACUGUCUCCAUCUCCUCCUUCUACUACAAAGAACGGAAGCUCCCUCUCUCUGCGUCGCGCCGCUGGUCUGUUCAAACCCUUCACGAUUGGCCGGUACCUGUCUGCUCCUCCACUAAAACUGUCUCUGAUCUUAACCGUCUACUAAAAGACAUCACGCCCACUACACUUAUGUGCUCUGAAUUUAAGAUAAAAUGUUUAAAUAGAACAGCGAGAUGUGACUUUGUAAAAACGCAUUCGUGAUCUGACCUUACAAACCAGGACAGAUAUUCAGAUUCAUAAAGUAGUUCAAUGUUUUUUAUGUUUAAUGCAGCUCUAUGCUCAAAUUCAGGAACAUGUGUCUACUUUUCCCCACCCACUCCUCCUAUUGGUCCUGUUCUGAAUGACUGACAGGUGCAUUUAACCAAUCACAGUGUAGGAAUUACACAUUUGAUUUUCAUUAUGUUUUUGGACACUCAAAAGUGAUAUAUAUUGUAGAUUAUAUUUACAAUAUAUAUUGUUAUAUUGUAUUUUAAUCAUGCCAUACACUGUAGUUAAGUUACUUUUCUAGCCACUGCUGCCCUGGGGUAGACUGAUGCAAAUGAGGCUGCCAAUCUGCGACUUUGGUUUAAAUAAAUAAUGGAAAAAAACUGAUAUCGGCCGUUUCCGUAACUUAAACUGCAAUGUUGGACUUUUGCACCACAUAUGGACUGAACCAGGACUGAAUUAAGACUGAACCAGGUCUAAACCAGGACUAAACUAGGACUGAGUGUUGGGACGGGUACAGAGGGGCGCCCACGUAGACUCUCAUGUGAUCAGGACUGAAUGAAAGCUCGGACCACCGUUGAUACUGAUCCUUAGCCCAGGCGUCCACGAUCCAUUGGCAGAUCGUGGCGUAAGUCGCUCGGCGCUGUCUCCCUGUCUUGGUGAAUGUGUGUUCACCUUCUCUCAUCCACUGCUCCCACGCAGCUCGCACUUUAACUUUAUAAUAGUCUUGAGUUUAAAGUGGGCGUUGUAAGUGUGUCUCUUGACAGGUGCAUUUUGAUAUUAAAAGGAAUCACAGUAUCUAUUACUCUCCAAUGCUCCUGACUACGGGAGCCGUAAUGCUGCAAGCUUUGUAGUUUACUAAAGUUGGACUAAGACACCCCAAUAAAUUCAUAUAUAAGGCGCUCUAGAUUAUAAGGCGCGCAGUCGUUUUUUCAUGAAAUUAAAGGCUUUUAAGUGUGCCCUAUAGUGCGGAAAAUACGGUAGAUAACUUACAUCCCAAAGGCAUAAUAAAGCUAUAAGAAUACAAGGAGAGUGUAAACAUACAUUUCAUUAUGAACAACUAAUCUGUUUGAUGCAAGAAUCUCCCGUCAGGACACUCAAAUCCUGGAACAAGGAGGCAGUUUUUGGGCUGUGUUCUAAACAGAGGCCUACUAAUUUCAAUAUAACCCAUAUAUUAGCAGAGAUCAUUACAGAAAUUGGCUCUAAAACAUUAAAUUUUAACUGACCAGAAAGCAACAAUCGAUCCAAUCCAAUCCACUUUAUUUAUAUAGCACAUUUUAUAAACAUGACAGUUUCCAAAGUGCUGCACAGACAAAUGAAUACAAUAUCAGACAGUAAAUCAUAAACAAAAACAAUAAAUAAAAAGUGUUAACAUGCAUAAAGCUAAAAAUGAUAAAACAAUUAAUAAAAUAAAAUAAAUAAAAGACACAGAGGACCAACAGCUCGAACCUCACGAAUAAUCUAGAACUAUCAGGACCAAUUCUGCGUCUUCUUAAUGAUCAAACUCCAUAGAAAUUCACUUGUCGCAAACCUAAUUCUUAUAGAUUAAUAGUACUUUUCAUUUGGGUCUAUACAUUAUUUCCUUUAUUCAGAUCAUAUAAAUGUAGCUGGAUACUAAACCACUCAAAUCUGUCACAUCAUAACCACUAACCGCCCUUUAACAGCCUCAGGUAAGUGUCUGCUCCGUCCGGGACCAUCUCUGGAAUUUAACUAACCUGCUAUUCAGAAAUAUAUAAUGCUUAUUUUGCAGCUAACUAACUGUUUGUUCACAGCGCGAGAGACAAAAUUGAAAUAUUACACAAAUUUAAAUAAAAAAUAAAUGUCAGAAUUCUUGGGAAAUGAAUUUGUUGACAACUGGUGCCAAAUUGUAAACACUAACUUUUUCGUUUCAUUAUAAAAGGACAAGAACUAUGCACAAAAAUCUAACAAAAACUAAACACAGACAUAAAUUAUGCCAACUUAUUUUAUUUUUUUUCAAACUUUUAAUGGCAAAAACACUUUAUAUAUUCCAAUAUAUACAGAAUAAAAUCACAAUAUUCUCACUUUUCCAUUUUUCAGGAUCAGAUCACAGUUUGGGAACACAAUUUUAGCAAAACAAAAAAACAAAAAUACUAUCGUGACUGCCAUUAGAUUUAGAAUAUAUGUUUAAAAAGUUGGGUUCUGUUCAGAGGGCACAUUGUAAACAACUCCAGGAGCUUUAACAUUUGAGAAAAGACUGAAAUAUGAACUAAUAAACCAUAACAUUUCUCAAUAAAAAGAAAAUUUUGUUCUUUGCAGAGCCUUUUUGAUUUGAUAAUUGCACUGACAUAAAUUGUGAUUUCGAUUUGAUAAUGAUUCAUUGUGAUUCCCUUUUAUUUAUUUAUUUCUUUCGUUAUCAAAUUGACAUAACGUUGUAAACAUAAAAUAACUUUACAUGAACUUUUAUCUCACAGGCUUUUAAUUUUCUGUCCAUUUAAACCACAUGUCCAGUUGCAUGCCAAAGUAUUUUAAACUAUUAUACUUUUUUUUUUAUGAUUUAAAUUCUGUGUCUCGCCCUGUGAAGUUUGACCUGUCAGUAAUUGUAUUGUUCGAACCACUUUUAAUCAGGUGGU